AAGCGCUAAAGUCACCUUCAGAGGCAAUGCUUUGCACAUUUCUUUAGGUACUGUCAUGCUUUCCAGGCUAGAUCUCAUUCACCGGACAUUGAAGCAGAUUGCUACAGUGCUGCAACGGUUCCUGUAUUUUCCCUUGCAGGUUUCUGGAAUUGUUUGAUUCAGUGCUCUGCAGCAGUUCUGUUUUGUAUUCUGGAGGCUGUAACCAUCUGAAAUGACCCUUAAUCAAUGGAUUUUGCUUUAAAUGGCUGAAGAGCUCUGCACUGGUUGGUUGCGGAUUGUUGCAGGCUCCUUGGAGAUUGAGGAAUGCAAUACUGCCAUCAUGAUGGAAGGAUUGAAAAAGCGUACAAGAAAGGCCUUUGGCAUACGGAAGAAAGAAAAGGACACUGAUUCUACAGGAUCACCAGACAGAGAUGGAAGUAAAAAGACGAAUGGAGCUCCCAAUGGAUUUUAUGCAGAGAUUGACUGGGAGCGAUAUAAUUCCCCGGAAGUUGAUGAUGAGGGAUACAGUAUUAGACCAGAGGAGGAUGCAGGAACCACCACCAAAGGGAAACACUUCUUCUCCUCCAGUGAGUCAGAAGAGGAGGAAGAUCACAGGAAAAAGUUUAAGAUUAAGAUCAAACCUUUGCAAGCUAAAGACACCUUAAACAAUACCGCAGCUUCAGUAGAUGAACUAAAAGCAUCCAUAGGCAACAUAGCCCUGUCUCCCUCUCCGGUGAGGAGAAGUCCGAGACGUAGUCCGGGUUUGAUAAAAAGAAACCUAUCUAGUGAAGAAAUAGCAAGGCCAAGGCGAUCCACUCCUACUCCCGCUCCAGAGCCUACAAAUACGGCAGUACCAGAGGAUCCGACAGUCUUGUUUGGGCCCCCACUGGAAACAGCCUUUGAAGCACAGAAGACAGAAGUGGUAAUAGAUGAGCCUGAAGUGUGGGGUGUACCUAAAACUGAGUCAAAUCCAGACUCCCCAUUGCCAAGACCAUUUCCUACUGGAACUCCUCCUCCACUUCCACCUAAGAAUGUCCCAGCAACACCUCCCCUGUGUGGCUCCCCUUCAUCAGAUUCAGCAGAUACUGGAAUUUCUAAAACUGACACUGACCUUGCAACUAAGCAACCAUCUUCAAAUUCCCUUGAUGCACCAGCCCACACAUUGGGGAAAGAAGGUAGAGGUGGAAAACUGCCCUCAAUCAGUGACUUGGACAACAUCUUUGGGCCCAUUGAAGCUCCAAAACCUGCAGCAGAGACCUCAGACAGCAAAUGGGUCAGCUUCUCCGAUGAGUCCCCUGGGAGAGAUGCCCCUGUGGCCCCUGCUCCUCCUCUUCCAGUGGUGCCUCUGAAACAAAAGCCGGAGUCCACCUCCUCUGCUUUGCCUGUCCUUCCUGUCCCACCCGUGCCAGCUGCAAACGCAACUGUCUCGCCUCCGGCGGAGUCCACACGCAACAUCCCCCCGCCCCUGAAUCUGAGUGAGGAAGACAAGAAGAUUCCUGAUCUGACCUCAGUAAAAGAGGAUGCUAUGGAGUCAACAGCAUCCCCAAAAGAGUUUGGACAGGGCCCACGAGCUACACCUCCUCCUCCUCCGCCUCCUACCUACAGAGCUGUUGUGUCCUCACCAGGCCCUUGUUCGGGAGCAGGCUCAGGCAGUGGCUCGUCUUCCCCAGCUCGUCCUGCGACGCCAUUGGGCAGCAGCCCCACUCCGCCUCCUCCACCCCCAAGGCCACCUUCUCGUCCCAGACUGCCCCCUGGGAAGCCUGCAGUUGGGGAUGUGGCCCGGCCCUUCAGCCCUCCAAUCCACUCCUCCAGCCCCCCACCUAUUGCCCCCUUGGCUCGUGCUGAAAGUACCUCCUCCAUAUCAUCGACCAACUCCCUCAGUGCUGCUACCACACCCACAGUCGAGAAUGACCAGCCUUCCCUGGUAUGGUUUGACAGAGGAAAGUUUUAUUUAACCUUCGAAGGAUCAUCCAGAGGCCCAAGCCCAUUAACCAUGGGUGCACAGGACACUCUCCCAGUGGCUGCUGCUUUCACAGAGACUGUGAAUGCAUACUUUAAAGGAGCAGAUCCAAGCAAGUGUGUGGUGAAGAUUACUGGAGAAAUGGUGCUCUCAUUUCCAGCUGGAAUCACAAGGCACUUUGCCAAUAAUCCUUCCCCGGCAGUUCUAACAUUCAGCAUAACAAACUACAGUCAGCUGGAGCAUGUCCUUCCUAACCCUCAGCUUCUUUGCUGUGAUGUCACGCACACUCCUGCCAACUCAAAGGAGUUUUGGGUGAAUAUGCCAAACUUGAUGACACAUUUAAAGAAAGUGGCAGAGCAGAAACCACAAGCAACAUACUACAAUGUAGACAUGUUAAAGUAUCAGGUAUCUGCACAGGGUAUUCAGUCCACACCCUUGAACCUGGCGGUGAGCUGGCGGUGUGAGCCCAACAGCACGGACCUAAGAAUAGACUACAAAUACAAUGGGGAAGCAAUGACCACACCUGUGGCUCUCAACAAUGUUCAGUUUCUAGUUCCUGUGGAUGGAGGAGUGACCAAACUUCAGGCAGUACUUCCUCCAGCUGCUUGGAACACAGAACAGCAGAGAAUCCUGUGGAAGAUCCCAGAUAUCUCACAGAAGUCUGAAAAUGGAGGUGUGGGUUCACUGCUUGCAAGGUUUCAGUUAACUGAAGGUCCCAGUAAACCGUCUCCCUUAGCUGUGCAGUUCACAAGUGAAGGCAGCACUUUGUCAGGGUGUGAUAUCGAACUGCUUGGUGCUGGCUACAGAUUCUCUCUCAUCAAGAAGAGAUUUGCCGCAGGAAAAUAUCUGGCUGAUAAUUAAAAUAUUCAACGCCACCCAACAAUACACUGCAAAUUAUCUCAUUGGAUUGGGUGAGAGAUUAAAACCGAGGACAGUCGUGAAAACUUUAAAGUUUAAAUCCUUUAUAUUCCACAAGGAACAUAAGGAGGCCAAUCCAACAGUAUUAGACUACUUACAUAUAGAAUUGUUGACCGUUUUAAGGUGUAAUCAUUGUAUUUGUAAUAUGCAUUCAUUUCAGAACAUCUGUAUUGCGGCAAUUAGACAUUUAGGUUUCUUGAAAGUUAGCAACUGUUUCCUUUAAACACACUGUAUAGAGCAGUGCUCCUCACUCCCUUUGAGGGAACUCAUGCGUCUCAAUGAUUAAAGACCUUGUUGUGAUAACAAUCAAUAAAGUCAGUAAGUGAUUAAAUUAAGUCACAAGGAGCUCAAGGUGGAAUGAAUAAAACACUCCAGGCUCUCCAGGACUUGGAGUGAGGAACCCUGGUAUAGAGACUUGAAACUCUCUCAUUGCAGCUGCCUAAUUGCUCCUGAUGCACAGCCACAGAAGAUAUCCACUGGUGGUUUUCAGACACGGAUAAGCUGGACAGCAUGUUUUGUGCAGCACAUGGCAUUUUGUUAAAAAAAUAAAAUCCAAGAUCAGAGAAUUAGAUGCCUGUUGUACAUUGCUAGAUAUUAUGUGCCCUUGUGUACAAAGAAGGUCCACAAUUAUUUGAGAUGAAUUCCCAAAUAGGGGUGAAUGAACUGGCACCCACCCCAAAAGAGAAGGCUUUAACAGCUUCUUCUUUCAGGUGUAUGAAAAAAUAACAUACCGUGUACGCUGUAAAACAAUCUGGUGUAAAAUUGUGUGAAUGUAUUAUUUUUGUUAAACAGUGUCAGUUGAGAGUCAUUUCUUUCACUGUUUCGAGAUAUGAAGGGAAUACUGAGCCUAUAAAUUAGAAUGUCACUGAUAUUUAUGUAAUCAGAAUGUUUCAAGGGUUUUGAACAAUAACCAAAUUUUCUUUUUUUACAUACAAGCCUAGGUUUAUCAGAAAAUAACUUUUUUUUCAGAUUACCCUUCUUUGAUACCCAAGACGGUCUUAAAUGUAUUGAAAUAGAUCGCUCUACCGUAUAUAGUAAUUGUAGACAAUCGCCCAAGAUUGUCUGGAACAAAUAGUUGCCUUUGUUCACAAAUUUAAUCUCUUGGAAGUGCUGCAGUGGGAUUAAUUUAAACGAAUCCAAAAUCAGUUUACCACCCCCUGAAAAUAACCAGUGGAAUUUGAGUAACAGAAAAACGUGUGUAUAAAACCAAGAUUACAGAGACCUUAAGACUAAAUAAACCAAUGUAACUAACACUUUUGUCCCUACAUAUCUGGUAAGUUUAGUAUCACAUCAUCCAACGUUUUUUUUAGUCAGUAUUUUAAGAAAUGUGCUCCAAUUAAACAGGUUAUAUUUUAGCAGUAUUGAUUUAGGUGAGUUUCAAUGCUUCAUUUAUGAAUCAUUUUUGUAAAGAAGGAAGACUACCAGAAGGAGGCUGAGUCUCUGAAACUGAAAAAAAAAUCAAUGGUCUCUUUACAUUCUUUUUAAUAUAUUUAUUAUAUGAUGUGAACUUUACAGUUAAACGGCAGCUUCAGUGAUUCAUUAUUAUUUUCAAGUUGCAAUGUUUAAAAAUGUUUUCCCUGAAAAUGUAAAAAGUGUAAUUUUCAAUUGGUACUAUAUAUCCUAAAGUGUUUCCUUGUAUUGUCAGAUAGCUUUCUGUUGUUGUUAUACAGACAGCAGUGUUAGCAUUCAAAGUACAUUACAACACUAUAUUUUUAUUUAUGAUAAUAUGGAUUUGUUGUAAAAAUGUGAUUCUGUAUAUGAUUAGAAUUUGAAUGGUUUCUCAUUUUAGAAUCCCUAGAAUUAUAAAUAUUUUAAUUCUUUUUGUUCUAUGUGUAGAUGGGUAAACUGUGUACAGUAUAAUGACAAGGUAUAAUUUUUUUUUAUUUAUUUCAGAUAUAAUUUUUUAACUGAAGUGCAACAAAAGAUUUUAGCUAUUAAUGGGGUGGGGAAAAAGAAUAAAUAUGUAACUGGAUGCAUUGUGUUUAAUAAAGCAGUGUUAUUCAGAUCUGUACUGAAAAUUAGUAAUAAUCUGGACUGUCAGCUUUGAACAUUGUGAACACUAUCCAUGACCAUCAACGUGUUUGUACCAGAUUCUAUCACUGCGUAUUAUUCAACACUUAGGGCAUGAAAUCAGAAUAAAAUCAGUGCUUGUAUCCAUUGUUUUUACUUUGCAAUCCAUAAUGGUCUCUGUGAGAUAAAAGAAGGAUUUAGUAAGGAGAAAGAAGAAAGUAUACAGUAAAAAAAAUAUAGUUGUGAGCUUACUAAAGAUGUUCUCCGGAGCUAGAGAAAAAAAAUAUUUUUAAAUACACAAGUAAUUGUUUAAAAAUACUGUGUGACUUUAACCCACAAGUUUUCAUAUUUGCACCACAGUGACAUAACAAUUAAUCGAAUGUUAGUAUGGAACAUGAAGGUUGAAAUGAAUAGAUUUACUCGUCUGCUGAGUUGAUUUGCUUUCAGACUUAUACAAAUUGUAUAAAUUGCACAACUCUGGGAGACAGCAGUACCAUUUUCUGCAGAAUGCUUGAAAUUUCAGCUAAUUUCAAAAGUGACAGAUUGGUCUCCCUAAUGCAAUGAAUCAUACGAUCCCGUUUUGUUAUUUUAUUAAGCAUUCCAUGACUUCAUUUCUAAUCAACAGCAAGAAAAAACUAUUAUGACAAUUUUACAAAGACCCUAGCAUAUUCUGAUGUUUUUACUAAAGAUUUGCUCUUGGAAUUCCAACAUCUCUGGUAAAAUCUACAUGUUUGCUCUUUCUCUGUGUCUGGGGGAAAUCUAUGGUACUUUUACUUUAAUGAAGAGAAAUUUAUUUAAAGAAAAAAGGAAACCCCUUUGGAACUUUUAUUCCACUGCUACUCAUCGUUAUACUUAUUAUUUACUUAAUUAUAAAAUUAUCUAGAUGAUUAGUACUAAAAUGUAUGAAAACAUUUUUUUUUAAUCUUUAGGCAUUUAUAGUUCCAGUAGAUGUUUAGUUUCUUAAAGGUCAUUGCCCAUUUGCCCAUUUAGUGAAUGGCAAAGAAUAAUUACUAAUAGCAAUAUUCAGUAUAAUAUUCCUGAUACAUAAACUGUUUAUCCUGGAAUUUUACAUGUGAGUUUCACCUUAUAUGUUUUUAUAAUGUUACAACUUACAUAUCUUCAGUUCAAAAACUGUGCUGUACAGAGUUCUUAUGGAAAAUUGCUAACUUAUGUUUCAGAAAAUCCUGUAAGAAAUUACAG